AUGAAGUCCUCAACUCUUCUCCUCGCCCUUGCCGCCUCCCUCAUUUCAGGCACACCCACACCUCGUGCCGCAAAGGACCCAUACUUCUUCCUCAUCGGCGACUCCACCGUUGCUGUGAACGGCGGCUGGGGCAACGGCUUCCUCUCCUACCUCAAAUCGCCCGCUGAGGGUGAGAACAGAGGCAAGUCCGGCUCGACGACCGUCUCUUGGAAGUCCAACGGACGCUGGGACUCGCUCCUGCAGGGCAUCAACGACACCAAGGCCGACUAUGAGCCUAUCGUCACUGUCCAAUUCGGACACAAUGAUCAGAAGGUCAUGGAGCUGGAUGAGUUCCGGGCGAACUUGAUUGACAUCGCCGCUGAGCUCAAGAGUGCUGGAGCUACGCCAAUUUUCAUCACUUCGCUCACUCGCCGAACCUUUGAGGAUGGCGAGGUGGUGCAGAACCUGCACGACUGGCGCGGCAAGACAAUUGCCGCGGCGAAGGAGAGCAAAAUCAAGUGGCUCGACUUGAACAUGAAGAGCACCAACUACGUCAACGCCAUUGGAGAGGAGAACUCAACCGCCUAUAACCUCGGUGGCUCUGAUCGCACCCAUUUGAGCCUGGCGGGUGAGAAGGUGUUUGGAAGGAUGGUCGUGGACUUGCUACUCGAGAAGAGGACUGAUCUUGCGGGAUACUUUGAGGCGGACGAAGAUAUUACUGAGGCUAUUGCCAACGGAGAGUUUACGGAUGCCGGUUGGCUCUUCGUCUCCUUGCAAGCUGGGUGCGUCACUUCAUCAGCCAUGUUGCGCAGCUUUCUCUCACUCGGCUUCGUGGCCCUCGCUGUCGCGUCGCCUCUCAACCCAAAGAUCGGCAUUUCAGCGCGACACGCCAACUUGACCUGGGAGAUUCUCCCAACAGGAAGCAAGCAGCAGUUUCGAGGGCUGUCGCCGGUCUCGGACAAGACCGCUUGGGUCUCUGGUACGAAUGGCACCGUCCUGCUCACCACAGAUGGCGGCGCCUCAUGGUCAUCGGUCGGGCCUUCACUCGCGCCGGAAGAUGCAGAGCUUCAGUUCCGCGACGUGCAAGCCUUCUCCGCUGAGAAAGCCGUCAUCCUAUCCAUCGGGGAAGGGGCGGAUUCACGCGUGUACAUUACCGAUGACGGAGGCGCGUCCUGGACUCAAUCGUUUGCGAAUCAAGAGGCUGCGGCAUUUUUCAACUGCGUCGACUUCGAGGAUGAGAAGAGAGGCCUUGCGGUUAGCGAUCCUGUCGAUGGCAAGUUCCGAAUAAUUGAGACGGUUGAUGGAGGAAAGUCCUGGGAGAUUGUCGAUUCCAGCGGCAUGGCACCUGCGUUGGAAGGCGAGUUCGGCUUUGCUGCCAGCGGGACCUGCAUCUCAACGGCAGCGGGACGGUGGUAUCUUGCUUCUGGCGGUGUUGACCCUGGCAGGGUCUUUCGAAGUGCUGGUGGACACAACUGGGACGUCUCGGGAAGCGCCAUUGCGGGUGGCGCAUCGGCUGGCGUCUUUUCGGUGCAGUUCAAGGACGAGCUCAGCGGCAUCGCGGUCGGAGGGGACUUUAACGUUGCCAACGGCUCCGCAUACACCUCGUCAUGGUCGGAAGACGCAGGCGCAACGUGGACGGCGUCGGAGGCGUUUCCGGGCGGAUACCGGUCGGGCUUAUCAUGGGCUCCGGGUCUUUGCAAUGUCGCUGUUGCGGUCGGACCAUCCGGAUCAGAUGUGACAGUUGAUGGCGGGCGGACGUGGAAGACGUUUGAUACAGGGUCGUUUGACAGUGUCGAAUGUCUUUCUGGGCGCAUCUGCUGGGCGUCUGGAUCUAGCGGAAGAGUCGGAAAACUUUGGUUGAAAUGA